UAAGUUCUAGACGAAACGUACUCACGUUUAAUUAUGUUGUACAGAUAUUUAGUUUAUUCAAAGUUGUUUUGUUAAAGUUGGAAUAGUUUGAACGGGCAUCAUGCAUAUUACUUCAGCAGCGGGUGUGCUUUCUCUUCUUCAAGAACCAGAAGACGAAUUGAAAGUUUAUGCGUUAAAACGUCUUAAUGAUAUUGUACCAGAGUUUUGGCCAGAAAUAUCAGACCAUGUGGAACAAAUUGAAGUUCUUUAUGAGGAUGAAACGUUUAAACAUCGAGAAAUGUCGGCUUUACUCGCAUCAAAGUUGUAUUAUUAUCUUGGCGCUUAUGAAGAUUCAUUGAAUUAUGCCCUUUGCGCUGGUGCUGCGUUUAACGUUAAGGAGAGUUCUGAAUAUGUGGUUACUACAAUUUGCAAAUGCAUUGACCAUUACACGAAACUUCGGGUCAGCCAACACGAAGGUAAAGAAGUAAAGAUCGAUCCCCGACUUGAAGAAAUUGUCAACCGAAUGUUUGAGAAUUGUUUGGAGGGAGGGCAGUAUAAACAAGCUGUUGGGAUCUCUGUGGAAACUAGAAGGCUUGAUAUAUUUGAACGAGCGGUCAGAAUGACGCCAAACCUUGGUGAAAUGUUGUCUUACUGCACAACUCUAUGCACAAGAUUGGUUGAGAAUAAAAAACUUCGCGAAGAUAUUUUGAAACUUCUUGUUCGUCUUCAUUCCAAUCUUGCUCCUUCCACGUCAAAGACAGUAACUCAACCAGACUACAUCAAUAUUUGUCAAUGCUUGAUAUAUCUUGAUGAUGCUUCAGCUGUUGCAGAUAUUUUGUUAAAACUGAUCAAAACUGGGAAGGACCAAGUACCUAUGGCUUACCAAAUAGCGUUUGAUAUGUACGACAGUGCUUCACAAUAUUUCUUACUUGGAGUGAUUGAAGCGUUGCGCAAUACUGCUUCCUAUCAAGAGGAUAAGGUAUCUGACGUAAACAACGACGUUCGGCGAGCAGCAGUCGAAAGCCUUGGGUUUAUAUUGUUCAGAACGCCCGCCCAUUGCCCGAGCGUUGUUUCGCUUCUAUCGGAGAGUUACAACCCUCAUGUUCGGUAUGGAGCGGCGGUUGCUUUGGGUAUUGCUUGCGCUGGUAGCGGAAAUAAGGACGCCUUAAAUUUAUUGGAACCUCUCACAAGUGAUUCAAUCAACUACGUCCGACAAGGAGCGCUCAUUUCUUCGUCCAUGAUAUUAAUCCAACAUACUGAUACUACUUGUCCCAAGGUUAAACAAUACAAGGAAUUGUACAAGAAAGUGAUAAACGACAAACACGAGGACGUCAUGUCAAAGUUUGGAGCUAUUUUAUCGCAGGGAAUUAUCGAUGCAGGAAAACACGGCAAAGAAAGUCGACAAGAAAGAAGAAGAGAUUGAGAAUAUGGAAACUGAGAAACCAAAAGAAGAAUCUUCAUUUGAGAUGUUGGAAAAUCCAUGCAGAGUUAUUCUACCGCAACUUAAACUUAUCACUUUGAACGACGAGAACAGAUAUUCCCCACUUAAAUCGAUUGCCAGCGGAGGGAUCAUUUUGCUCAAAGAUAAAAAACCUGGCGAGCCUGAACAAUUGCUUGAACCAGUUGCAGCUGGCGGGCCAAAGAAAGAGGAAACGGACGAGGAAGACGAACCAUCUCCUCCCGAACCAUUCGAAUUCACAGAGUAGAAAUUGAAUGUAAAUUAAAAAAAAGUUUUGUGUAAAAUAAAAAUUCGUAUUCGUUGUGACGUAAUCGGUUGUUUACUACGUCACGAGUUGAGGUUGUGACGUAAUCGGUUGUUUACUACGUCAUGAGUUGAAGCCACCACCGAACUGUUGGUAAGAAAUCGAUGAAUUUAACGUUUGAAAUAAAUCCAAUAAUUGAUUGUGGUCGGCCAUGCGUACCGACACUGUUGAUAAUUGUACAGAUGCUUCGUGUAA